GGGGUUCAGUUUUUCCAUGGACAGCCUCGGAAGAUGAAAUGAACGCGCUGAAACCAGCACCAGCUGUACCCCAAUCAAUGUGCACUGAGCGUUUCGCACCAGUGGAGGAUUUCAGCGUAGGGUUAAUUGGAUACUCUAUCAAUAACAACAACCAUCACAGCACAUCCCAAAUGUGCCUUGAAAGCGGGAACCACAAUGCCUCCAUCUCCAUGGUAAGGAUGAAAACAAAGCCGUGAGAGUCGUACACACUGAUGUCCGCGAGCUCCUGUCGGUGGGAAUCUGGACCGCCUCGCGCUUGACGCACGUCUGAGUCAGCGCACGCGCGUAAUUUAUAGAGGUGCGCGCUUAAAAAGCGCACCACGUUCCGCCAUCCAGAAAGAGCACAUGACAGAAACAAGACUCUGGACUCAGCAGCCCACAUCCCUCACAGAUAGACCAAGCAGCGCCAGGGCGGAGGCUGGUGAGAGAUGGAGUUGAAGCUUCUACUGAAGAGGCUGAGCACGGUGGUGCGAGCCAUCCUCACCUUUCUGUUUGCUCUUUUGGUUCUGUGUGUCCUGACCUGGGCUUAUAUCCAAGGCUUUCAGCUGAUCACAUCCAAAUAUGGCAUUAUCUCCUUUGGCUUUUAUGGGUUACUUCUCGGACUCCAUCUUCUUGUCCAAAGUUUCUUUGCCUUUGCAGAACACCGUCAAAUGAAAGCCCGUGUUGACUCUUGUACUUAUACUAAAACAAUUGGAUUCACAAUAGCUGCUUACCAGGAGGACCCAGAGUACCUGCGUGAGUGUCUGCUGUCUAUCCGGGCCCUAAAAUACCCCCCUGAGCUCCUGCGUAUCAUCAUGGUGGUGGACGGUAACUCUGAAGAUGACCGCUACAUGAUGGAGAUGUUCAGGGAGAUGUUUGCAGACCAGGACCCCGCCUGUUAUGUGUGGAAACACAACUACCACACCUGGGACCCCCACAUGGCCCAGGAUGAUGAGGAUGUGGCCAAAGCCAUUAGUUUAGGUGCAGACUUCACAGUGGGAGAAGACCCUCAGCGUAAAGUGGUUGAAAGUCUGAUCCAAAGCAAACGAUGUGUGUGCAUCAUGCAGAAGUGGGGUGGCAAACGAGAGGUGAUGUACACAGCAUUCAAAGCAUUGGGCUCCUCUGUCGACUAUAUCCAGGUGUGUGACUCAGACACAAAGCUGGACUCAUUGGCCACAGAAGAGCUUUGUAAAGUGUUGGAGAGUAAUCCAAAGUAUGGUGCCGUUGGAGGAGAUGUCAUGAUCCUAAACUGUGAAGACUCCUUCAUCAGUUUCAUGAGCAGCCUGCGCUACUGGAUGGCCUUUAACAUUGAGCGGGCCUGCCAGUCCUACUUUGACUGUGUCUCCUGCAUCAGUGGUCCUCUAGGGCUGUACAGAAAUGACCUCCUACAGCAGUUUCUGGAGUCCUGGUACAAUCAGAAGUUUUUGGGCACACAUUGUACAUUUGGAGAUGACAGACACCUCACAAACCGGAUGCUGAGUAUGGGCUAUGCCACAAAAUACACGGCACGGUCCAAAUGCUACACAGAGACCCCGGCACAGUUCCUGCGCUGGCUGAACCAGCAGACGCGGUGGACCAAGUCUUACUUCAGAGAGUGGCUCUUUAACGCCAUGUGGUGGCAUAAGCACCAUCUGUGGAUGACCUACGAGUCCAUAGUCUCAGGCGUAUUUCCUUUCUUUGUGACUGCCACCAUUAUUCACCUGUUCUGGACUGGCACUCUGUGGGACAUCUUGUGGAUCCUGUGCUGUAUCCAGAUCAUUGGUCUACUCAAAGCUGUUUAUGCUGGGAUCUUGCGCAAAGACCCUAUCAUGGUUUUCAUGUCGCUGUACUCUGCUCUUUACAUGACCAGCAUGCUGCCAACUAAGUACUUUGCCAUCCUCACCAUCAACAAAAGGAGCUGGGGGACGUCUGGCCGGAAGAAGAUCGUUGGAAACUACGUCCCUCUGAUCCCUCUUUCUGCGUGGGGCUCCAUCUUAGUUGGCGGCAUUUGUCACACUAUUUACAGGGAAACCAUUUUGGACUGGCUCACGCCGCCCAGGUUACUGGAAGUUCAGUUUCUCAUUUAUGGGUGUGUGGCAUACACAUGCUACUGGAUGAUCAUGGUGUUUCUCUACUUGGUCUGGUUUCGACAGAUAUGUCGUAAAUGCUCACAAAAAUCUGACAUCACGGUGUAGACUGUUACAAGUUACAAUUAAUUUAAUUUAUUUAUUACAUUGUCGCAUAUGGUAACUAAUGAUUUCUUGAAAAAAUAAACAACUAAGUGCUGCUGAUAUAGUUGAUAUUGUCCAUGCAAAAAGAAAGUGUUAAACCGUGGCACUUUUUAUGAACUAUUUUGAACCUGUACUCUCAGGUGUGUUUUUAGAUCACAAUAGCUGAACUUGUCUGAUAAAUGUUUACGUGUAGAUGACCCUGAGCCAAAAAGAACUGUCCAGAAUAUUCACUGGACUGUGAAUUACUUUUAAGACUGCCACUCUGCGACCAGUGCAAUAUUACUCACUACUGUAGUUUGUGUGAAAAUGGUUAUAGCAAAAAAAGUACAGAAGAAAUGGGCAAAAAUAAAUGUCCUUGAAUGUUGAUGUUUUCUUGUAAUAUGUGAUUUUUAUAGGACACUUUAAGUAUUGUUGGAAAAAAAUUGAAAUUUAUAUUAUAGUAUUUUUAUACAUCUAUUGUCUAAAAAAUGUGAAUAAAUAAAGUUUUAUAUGUGUGUUCAGU